UGUGUGGAUGGGGAGGAGGGAGAGAGUGCCUAGCUGCCCUCGCUGUUCUUGCCCAUACAGGUGUGCAUAAAUUGAAGGAAUGCCAGACUGAGUCACGGGAGCCUCCCCUCCCCGUCUACCUGAGCUGGAAUAAAACUGUCCCUUUCUGGAAAAAGGAUCCCACUACAGCUAUCCUCACCUCACCCUCUCUCCUCCUCUCCUUACACCGCUGGUGAGAGAGACAGGCAGAGGGAGUAACUCCUAAGAGAAAGAGGAGGAAAAGAAGUCAAUAUUUGAUCAGAGGGGACAGAGAGCCCUGCAAAGUUAUGUCAAGUUCAUGAGCUGCCUGCCUGCCCUGUGGAUUUAAACUUGGCAACUGAAUGGAAGAGAGAGAAAGGGGACCAAAGAAAUAAAAUAAACAGGCUAAGUGUGGAAGUCUGCUGGUGGCAGUGAAGCAGUGAAAUUCCCCUUUUGCCUUCAGAAGAAUUUCUUGGCUUGCUGUGUGGGUGACUGCUGUUUGAAUUGUUGCAGAGGAUUUGGACUUUGAAUCAGACAAAGCACUAAUGAGGAGGAAGAGGAUGGAUGUGCUGCUCCAAAGGACAUGGGCCGGGCUGCUCCUGUUGGUCAUGGUCUGUGACGUAUGCCUGUGCCAAAAAAACAGAAUUAAUCGCUGCGUGGCCUCCAGAGCAAGCAGCUGCACAGAGUGUAUCCGAGUAAGCAAGGACUGCUCCUACUGCACGGACGAGACCUUCAAAGAAUCCCGAUGUGACCUGAGAGAGAACCUGGUGAGCUAUGGCUGCAGCGGGGCCAGCAUUGUGUACGUGAGAGGAGAGAUGCUGGUGCAGCAGAAUUUUAGCAUCGACACGUCUCUGAAGAAAACCCAGGUGUCCCCACAGCGGAUGUCCAUGCGGCUGAGAGCUGGGGAGGAGGCCAGCUUCAACAUAGACGUCUUCCAGCCCCUCGAGAGCCCUGUGGAUCUCUACAUCCUUAUGGACUUCUCCUACUCCAUGUCUGACGACUUGAACAACCUCAAAGAGAUGGGCCAGAAGCUAGCGGGAUUCCUGCAAGACCUUACCUCCAAUUACACCAUCGGAUUUGGAAAGUUUGUGGACAAAGUCUCGGCUCCACAAACAGACAUGAGACCUGAGAAGCUACGAGAGCCCUGGAGGGACGCCGACUCGCCCUUCUCCUUCAAGAACGUCAUCCGCCUGACCAGCAACAUCCAUCAUUUCAGCCAGGAGCUGAUGAAAGAGCGCAUUUCCGGCAACCUGGACGCCCCGGAGGGGGGCUUUGAUGCCAUCCUGCAGACGGCUGUUUGCAAGGAGAAAAUCGGCUGGCGGACCGACAGCACUCACCUGCUGGUGUUCUCCACUGAGUCCGCCUUCCACUAUGAAGCUGACGGCACCAACGUCCUGUCAGGGAUCCUGCCAAGGAAUGAUGAGCAGUGUCACCUGAACCGAGCGGGCACCUACACCUACGACACCAAGCAGGACUACCCCUCUGUGCCCACCCUGGUGCGCCUGCUGGGCCAGCACAACAUCAUCCCGAUCUUCGCCGUCACCAACCACUCCUACAGCUAUUACGAGAAGCUGCACAAGUAUUUCCCCAUCUCGGAAAUCGGGUUGCUGCAGGAAGACUCCUCCAAUAUCGUGGAGCUGAUUCGCAUGGCUUUCGAGCGUAUCCGUUCCAAGAUGGACAUCCGGGCUGACUCAGUCCCUAAGUCCAUGAAGACAGAAUUUACCUCCUUGAAAUAUAAAAAGACAGAGUCUGGGUCGUUCCAUGUCACCCGAGGGGAAGUGGGCAGCUUCAAGGUUCGCGUGAAAGCUCAUGAGUACGUGGGCGGGGAGCACGUCUGCAACCUCCCCAAGAAAGAGCAGCAGGGGAUAAUCCACGUGAAACCCUCCUCUUUGAGUGACAGCCUGAAAAUUGACGCCUCCGUCAUCUGUGAUGUCUGCCCCUGCGAACAGCAAAAGAUGGUUAGAGCGGCCAUGUGCAGUUCCAACGGGGACUUAGUCUGUGGGCAGUGCGUCUGCUACCCGGGAUGGCGAGGGGACAUGUGUGACUGUUCCACAGCCUCUUCCAGUGACAACCAGGCCUGCAUCCGCCCUGGAGACUCAGAGCCCUGCUCAGGGCGGGGCGAGUGCCUCUGUGGGAAAUGCCAGUGCUAUUCUGAGGACCUGACCCAGCGCUACGAGGGUGACUUCUGCCAGUUUGACAACUUACAGUGCCCGCGGACCUCCGGCUUCCUCUGCAAUGAUCGUGGUCGCUGCUACAUGGGUCAGUGUGCAUGUGAAAGUGGCUGGGGGGGCCCUGGCUGUGAAUGCCCCACAAGCAAUGACACCUGCAUCGACAGCAAAGGGGGCAUCUGCAAUGGCCGUGGGAGAUGUGAAUGCGGCAGGUGCAUCUGCGACAAUCCUUCUCGGUUCACUGACCUCACCUGUGAAAUCAGCUACUCCCUGGCCGUGCUGGGGAUUUGCGAAGACAUUCGAAGCUGCGUCCAGUGUCAGGCCUGGGGGACCGGGGAGAAGAAGGGGCAGAAAUGCAAGGACUGCUCUUUCAAGAUCCAGAUGGUGGAUGAACUGCAAAAAGAGAAGGAGGUGAACGAGUACUGCUCGUUCCAGGACGAGGAGGACGACUGCACGUACCGCUACACCCUGGACGGAGAUCCCGGCACACUGCACAACAACACCAUCCUGAUGCAGAAGAAGAAAGAGUGCCCACCAGGAAGCUUCCUGUGGCUCAUCCCCCUGCUCAUUUUCCUGAUGUUACUCCUGGGGUUGCUGCUGCUGCUGUGCUGGAAGUACUGCGCUUGCUGCAAGGCUUGCCUGGCCCUGCUGCCCUGCUGUGCACGAGGCCGCACUGUCGGGUUCAAAGAGGAUCACUACAUGCUGCGGCAGAGCCUCAUGGCUUCAGACCACCUGGACACCCCCAUGGUGCGCAGCGGCUCCCUGAAGGGCAGGGACACCGUCCGCUGGAAGAUCAACAACAAUGUCCACAAGCCGGGCUUCUCCUCCCACACCACCACAAACCCCAAGGAGCUGAUUCCUUACAGCAUCUCGCUGAGACUGGCCAGGCUUUUCACCCAGAACCUCAUGAAACCGGACAGCCGGGAAUGUGAGCAGCUGCGCAAGGAGGUGGAGGAGAACCUGAACGAUGUUUACAAGCACAUUUCCGGUGUCCACAAACUCCAGCAGACCAAGUUCAGGUUGCAGCCCAAUGCUGGGAAAAGGCAGGACCACACGAUUGUGGACACAGUGCUCACCGCUCCCCUUUCGGCCAAGACGGAGAUCGUGAAAGUGACGGAGAAACACGUCUCUCAGGAGGCUUUCAAUGAGCUGAAGGUGACUCCGGGUUACUAUACAGUGACUUCUGACCAAGAUGCCCACGGGAUGGUGGAGUUCCAGGAAGGUGUGGAGCUGGUGGACGUCCGGGUCCCACUCUUCAUCAGGGAAGAAGACGACGAUGAGAAGCAGUUGCAGGUGGAGGCGAUGGAGGUCCCCAUGGGGACAGCGGCGAUUGGACGCAGGCUCGUCAAUAUCACCAUCAUCAAAGAGCAAGCCAGCAGCAUCAUCACCUUUCUGCAGCCAGCCUACUCUCACAGCCGCUUCGACCAGGUGGCCAGAAUCCCUGUGCGUCGGGAGAUCAUGGAAAACGGAAAAUCCCAGAUCACCUACAGAACUCGCGAUCUCACCGCGAAGCAUGGCAAGGACUACGUCUUCGCAGAGGGCGACUUGGUCUUCCAGCCUGGGGAGAUGCAGAAGGAGGUGCAGGUGGAGCUGCUGGAGCUGACCGAGAUCGAUGCCCUUCUGCAGAACCGCCAGCUCAAACAGUUUGCCGUGGAUCUGCUCAACCCCAAGUACGGCGCCAAGAUCGGCAAAUACCCGCAGACCACGGUGACCAUCACUGACCCAGAGGUUGUGGAUGGCAUACAGAUCCCAAUUGGCCUAGGCCAGUUCCCUCAGUCUCCCAGAGGCAAGCUGGGUGCACCGCUCAAUCCGAACGCCCAAGCUCUAAGCUCCAGGAAAAUCCGCUUCAACUGGUUACCACCGCCUGGCAAACCCACAGGGUACCAGGUGAAGUACUGGAUCCAAGGGGACCCUGAGUCGGAGGCCAGGCUGAUCAAUUCCACAGUGCCAUCAGCAGAGCUGAAUAACCUAUACCCCUACUGUGACUAUGAGAUGCAGGUCUGCGCCUACAGCAACAUGGGCGAGGGGCCCUACUCGGAUAUCACCCACUGCCGCACCCUGGAGGACGUUCCCAGCGAACCUGGGCGUCUGGCUUUCAACGUCGUCUCUUCCACUGUGACUCAGCUGAGCUGGGCUGAGCCUGCCGAGACCAACGGGGAGAUCACAGCCUACGAAGUCAGCUACGGACUUGUCAAUGAGGACAAUGUUCCCUUUGGGCCCAUGAAGAAAGUUCUGGUUGAGGAGGCGAAGAAGCGCAUGGUUCUGAUUGAAAACCUGCGGGAGUCGCAGCCGUACCGCUACACGGUGAAGGCCAAGAAUGGAGCCGGCUGGGGGCCUGAGCGAGAAGCUACAAUCAACCUCGCCACGCAGCCCAGGCGCCCAAUGUCCAUUCCCAUCAUCCCCGACAUCCCAAUCAUCGAUGCCGAGGGCGGCGAAGACUACGACAGCUACUUGAUGUACAGCGCGGACGUGAUGCGCUCCCCGUCCGGCAGCAAGCGCCCCAGCGUCUCCGACGACUCCGGCUCCAGGUGGAAAUAUGUGCAGCUGCUGGGGGAGGACUUGGACCUUCGCCGCAUCACCUGGAGGCUCCCAGCCGAAAUGAUCCCCCGCCUCUCUAGCAGCAGCUGCUUCUCCUCGGACACCGAGGGUCUCCUCCACGAGGAUAGCUCCCAUUCUGAGCUGUUGGAGAGCGACACAGCCAGCGGCAGCCUGACGAGGAGCGCAACGCCCCGGCCCCAACCAGAGCAUCUGCCGAAUGGCCGGAUGGAUUUCACCUUCCCCGGCAGUGGGGGCACCCUGAACAGGACCUUGAAUGCUAGCUAUAACCAGCUGACCUCACACAUGCACCAGGAGAGGAGGCUGAUGGGCAGCUCGUCUCUGACCAGAGAUUACAGCACAAUGACCUCAGGAUAUGACCAGCCAGGGAGGAUUCUCCCUUCCAUACGUGAAGAUGGUGGCAGGAUGGCCCUGCUGCCCCAAGACGUAGGUGUCAGGAGCAGGGCAAAGGUGAAGGGUUCCUACGCCAGCAAUGGCUUUCGGGAUUCUAUAAUCAUGACUGAUGGGCCCACUGGGAUUGCCAAGUAUAUAGAUUCCAGAAUGGCCCUGGGCGUCCCUGACACUCCCACCCGCCUGGUGUUCUCUGCGCUGGGGCCCACCUCCCUGAAAGUCAGCUGGCAGGAGCCGCAGUGCGAGAAAGAGGUGCAAGGCUACAGCGUGCAGUACCAGCUCCUCAGUGGAGGAGACGUGUACAGACUGAGCAUCCCCAACCCCACUCACAACUCGGUGGUGGUGGACAACCUGCUGCCAAACCACUCCUACAUAUUCAAGGUGAAGGCCCAAAGCGAGGAGGGCUGGGGCCCCGAGAGAGAGGGCGUCAUCACCAUUGAGUCCCAGGUGGACCCGCAGAGCCCGCUGAGUCCUGUACCAGGUUCACCGUUUACAUUGAGCACCCCCAGUGCACCAGGACCCCUGGUGUUCACUGCCCUGAGCCCGGACUCGCUUCAGCUCAGCUGGGAGAGACCCCGCAAACCCAACGGGGCCAUUCUGGGCUACAUGGUCACCUGCGAGAUGCUGCAUGGAGGAGGGGAACCCAGGAAUAUCUAUGUGGAGGGGGACAACCCAGAAACCUCCCUGACAGUGCCCUACCUGAGCGAGAACAUCCCCUACAAGUUCAAAGUGCAAGCCAAGACCACCCAAGGGUUUGGGCCAGAAAGAGAGGGCAUCAUCACCAUUGAGUCUCAAGAUGGAGGAGCUUUCUCACAGUUCGGAGGGCAGCAAUACAUGAGAGAGGAAGUGUACAACCUCCCCGCGGAAUACAACACCACCAUCAGCCACUCCUCUCUGGAGCCCUACUACACAGAUGGCAUGUUGAUGACCACCCAGCGGGUGGAGAGCAGUGGCACCCUCACCAAGCAGGUCACCAAAGAGUUCGUCAGUAGGACCAUGAUGUCCAGCGGAACACUCACCAAACAGAUGGAGACACAGUUCUUCGAAGACUGAGCUGGGGAGAGGCUGCCAAAGGGGUGUGCGUGUUCAAACUGCAGAGCUUUUCAGGCAGGCUCAUGCUAUGGUCAGCUUCCAGGCUCUGGGCCGCUGUGCCCACCUAAUCUCACCUGGGCAUAGAACUGCAGUGGCACUUGACACACUGGUCAUUCCUUUGAAGCCCACCGCCGUGGAGGCGGCAAGAAUAUAUAUAUAUAUAUAAUAUAUAAAUGGAGAUAUCCUAUCUCCUAGAACUGGAAGGGACCUUGAAAGGUCAUCGCAUCCAGCCCCCUGCCUUCACUAGCAGGACCAAGUACUGAUUUUGCCCCAGAUCCCUAAGUGGCCCCCUCAAGGAUUGAACUCACAACCCUGGGUUUAGUAGGCCAAUGCUCAAACCACUGAGCUGUCUCCCCCUCCUCCCCAAGUCAGCGGAUGGGGUGGCAAGUGUGUGAUUGGCAUUUGGAGCGCUCCGUUUCUGGGCUGGCCGGCCUAGGAUCUCCACUGAGUGGUCUGUCACAGAGGCUUCUCAGUGCAGGGUCAUUGGCCAGCCGUUUGUGGAGUCCCGUGUAGUAUAAGCCUUACCUGCUGACUUUGUGUGUAUGUGCUGCCUACCCACUCUCACAUGGCUGGCCUCCUGCUGGGAGUCUGACUGCACUGGGCUUUGGUUUGUAUUUAAAUAUCCAGCUCCCCCUCUGUCUUGUGUGCUACCUGUCAUGCAUGGUCACUUUUUUAUUUUUCCAACCUGCUGUCUCAGCCCUGCUUUUCCCCCCUGUUCAUUUCACCAGUGGGAGGCAACUCCAUUGUGCUCUACAAAUGUGCACAGUUCCAUUGUUUAUGAGCAUGUGUUGCAAUGUAGAUGGUCAGGGUAAUCGCUGCAUGCCUACCGCACCUGUUUGUGUAAAGCCCCCUGCUGCUAAUGUGUGGUACUGCAGUAACAAAUUAUAGCCUUAAUUUGCAUAGCAUUACCCACAAUGCUCUAUGAUGCAAUUUUGCUGAACUCUUGUAUAGUUUUCCUCGUAUAUAUAAAUAUAUUUUAUUAUUUUAUAAAGAAACCUAGGUAAAUGAGAGCUACCAUGAGCAUUAAAGACACACAGCUUUUGGGAAACAUUUGUAAUAGCAGAGACUGGUUAAGGAGCCUGAUACAAAGCCAAUGGGAAAACGCCCAGUGACUUCAAUGGGCUUUAGAUCAGUACCCAAAUCCUCCACUGUUGCUUUCUGCAAUACAGCAACCCAACCUCCUACAGCAUCCCAGAUCGAGGAGCUUGUGUACUGCAUAGCAUACAACAGUCCAGUCUUACUGUAGCUACUGCAUACUCUUGGGCGAAGGCCAAGUAAAGCCUGGAGGACUACAAGGGAAGAAUCAGAAUUGCUAGUUCAGUGGCGUAGGAUCGGAAGAAAUGUACUAUAAACGGGUAAUAAUUUUGUUUUCUUGAAAGACCAACUUGGUUAUAAACCUAAGACCCCAAAUCCUUAUUGGUGUCACUUUCCCCACAGUGGAGCUUUAGUGCAGCUUAGGCAGAUAACAUUGUGUGACUUGUAAAGGCCUUUGAUCCCCUGCCCAAAAUACUCCCUGUAGUGUAUUACAUUCCACUGUUACCCAGUAACUACAAGGUGAUGGCAGAGAGAGAAGUGGGGGCGGGACAGUCGCUCUCCUUUAGAGUGGACGAACUGUUAGCCUCAGCCACGUCAUUCUUUCCCCAGCAUCAGCCAUUCUCAGACCACAUUGGGGCCAAGAACUGUGCUGGAACCCUGCCGUGCGUGGCUACCAUUUGGUGGCAAGGCUGCGGCUGCGUGAACCAAGUCACUCCCACGGUCCUGCUACCUAAGGCUCAGGGUAGUAGGGGCUAUCGUGCGUCUGACCGUUGUCCAGUGAUCCUUUACUAGAGUUAUUGCCGUGUGUCUAGCUUCUGGGUCGAUGAGGCAUCCUAGCAUCUUGCCAUGCCCUUUGCUGAGUUCCCUCCCUGCUACUUCCCAACCCAGUGGUGCUGGAAUCUCUGUAUGUUCACUUUCCCUAGGGGAGCUUUGCCUUUCUGUCCCACACGCCUCUGCAAACACUGCACUAAGUUAUGCCAGCGGGGUGACUCGUUUGUAUGUUUCACUUCCCAACCCUCUCCCCGAGGGGGUGUCUUUGAAGCGAGCGUUUCUGAUCAUAAUGUACAGUACUAACUGCAGGGCUUGUGUGCCCAGUUCUGUAGCCACACGUCCAACCCAGCUGUGCUGAUGUUUAAUAUGGCUAUUAACCUAAAGACUUAAGGGAAGAUUUGCAAAGGCCCCAAGGGCAGUUAAGUACCCAACUCCCAUAGGAAGUCGGUGGGAAUUGGGCAGCUCCUAUUUAUGCCUUUGAAAAUCUCCCCCUAAGCCCCUCCAGGCCGUUGCACAGCGUUAGCUGGCUGAACAGGAGCUGAGGCAGCGUGGGCCAAAAGCUAGAGCUGUGGAGUGGGAGGCAAAACCCCUAGGGGGUUCUAGCCCUGGCUGCACCACUGACUCCUUCCCUGAGCUUGGGCAAGACCCUUAACACCCUGGUGCCAUGUGGCACAUCUGUCAGAUGGGGAUGGUAGGACCCACCUUUGAAACCCACCAAUGAGAAAUGCUCUUGAAUUGCCUCUUGUUUGACAUUUGGGUCUGAAGGGGUCUGAGCGUGGACUGGUUCAACUUCACCCUCAGCCGACUAGCAGGUGAGCUGCUCAUGAGCAUUUGGGAAACUGUUCCUAGUAAGAACGGCAGCUCCCACCUUUCAUGGGUAAGGCCAGUUUUCAAAGGCCGCGGAACAAAAACAAUAGCUGCCCUUAUUCCCUGGAGGUGGCGUUGGUUUUAUUGAAGCGGACUAUGGAACUUCUCUGCCAUUCCUUGAGAACCAGAGAGAGCUCCCAGGACAGACCAUUUCAAUCAUGACCAUCCUGUCCUAAACCUAGGUGGGAACUGGGGCUAGUUUACUUUUUGAUCUAAAUACAAGAAGCCUGGUCUGUUACAAAUUAAACCAAAUGUGGUUUUACAUAGCCCAUUAGAAAUAUUUAGUUACUGAAUGAAUGUCCAGUUGGCCUUAUAUUUCAGUUCCUGGCUUCCAGGGCUCUCGGCGACUACUUUUUUCCUAGACAUGGACGUAUUUUCAGCUAAAAUGGCACUUCACCAAAGCCACACCACGUUGACUGUAGCCUCCCGUCGCUGUGCAUCACAGUGCUUUGUACUGUAGUUAUAACACACUGAUUCGCUGCCACAGGAGAGUUCAUACAAUAAUUGUAACCAAAGCGUUAAUUAAGUUAUCUGGGGCAGAAUGCAGCCUGGUGGCUGAUCCCAAUUCUAACAACCUGCCCUUUUAAAAAGGUCCGUAUGGAAGAGCCACAAUAGAACAUAUCUCAUGAAAGCUACAAAAAAGUGGUUAAGUACAAUUGUUGGCACAUGAAUACUUCCCGUGUGUACCAAGGAAGAAUUUGUCCACAGGUGUUCUGGACCACAUGGCUUUAUAUUGCACUUAAUAAACAAUUUUCUCUAUA